ACCUUUACGCAUCUACAUUGUUGUUUUUAAGGUUUUUAAGGUUUAAGCAUUUCCUUUCCAAGAGCUUGUUUUCUGUGGCCGUAUACGGUAUUAUUUUAACGGCACAUAUAUACACUUUGACGCUAACUCCAACUGACUAUAUCUAAUUAACUUGGAUUAAUUUCUUCCAAAAUUAGAAGGCCCGCUCUUCAUCCUCUUAUACUGCAAAUUAAUUAAUUAAACAGCCCCCUUGCCUUUGGUUCUGCCUCGUACGCAAUUUGUUCCUGCCUCACAUAUACAUUUAUAUCCAACAUACUGAUGAGUAGCAAUGAAGGAUUUCAGAGCUGCGCAGAUCAGAGGCACGCGCGAACUUUGGGAUAAAAAGGAGGAGAUCUGAGCAGAGAUUGCCAUAUCUGAUAGAAACGUGCAACAAUAGAAUAAGGGAGAAACUGCAGACACUUCUUGUUUGCCAACCUUUGAGAAAGAAAAAGCCACGAUGAGCUCAGCCAAAUUGUUGUUCUUCUCGCUGGCGUGCUGUCUGGCCGUGGCCGCCUCGCAGACCUUCCAAUACAGUAGGGGUUGGACCAACGGAGGCAAAAGGGCAACAGUCCCUGUGGCGCUGCAGCAACGCAGGGCGGCCGAGGUGGCGGUCAAGCGGGCCGUCGCCGUCCUAGAGGACGCGGGCCUCAUUUUGGUGCCCGCAUCGUGCGACAUGGACGUACUCAGGCCGAGAUUCAGAAUUGCUCGAAGGAGCAGGCCUUUGCGUCAGCAGCAGCAGACGGAAGAGGAGGAAGAGGCAAGGGUGCCAGACUCUUUGGCUGCCCCAGCAUCCCCGGUCCAGCAACAAGCCGCCUCUGCAGGAGCAGCUUCCACAGCAGACAGGGGCGGCGACGGCACUGCAGCCUUUUCUUUCUAGUUCUAUUCAAAAGGCUCGUUAUUUCAUUUUUUGGUCUGUCAUUAAACGCAUCUCCAAUUAGUUUCGUAAUUAGCAUAUUCUGUGUUGAAAAGCAAUAUCAAAAUAUAAUUACAGAGGGGGAUAUGAAUCUCAUUGAGUUGUUUCACACUAUUCUCUGUUUGAUCUCCGGCUUAUGUCGUCUCUAGUCCUUUCCGUAUAAUUUGCUCUUUAAAUAAGCGACUUCAAUUUGAUUUGAAGUUGCUGUGGCUGGAAUUUCAAAAGCAAAUUAUACAGUUCACAUUCUGUAUUAAUUAGUUUUUAAAACAAUUUUGGUUUUAUACAGUCAGAGCAUGAAAUGCGCAAACGAAUGAGGUAUUAUUUACACACUAUUAUCCAAAACUGGAAAUAUUAACCUCCUGUCAGAUACUUAGAAAAAGGCAAAUUGAUUUGAUGAUCUCCAAUAAAUGAU